GUUCUCAUCACCUUCUAUUAAUUCGACCUUGUCUAUCUCUCUAGCUGGCUAAGCUUGCUCCAGCAUCCAUCCAGCCAUGGCAACCGGGCAAAGCUCGACCCUACCGUUCUUCAGUUUCCUAAAGCAAGGCCUGCUCCUCCCUAGCCACAACCGGAGGCUAUUCGCAGCUGUCUUUACAAUUACCGCCGCCUGCAUCUGUCUACUCCACCUCGGCAAAGACCUCGCUGUCCAGCCCCUCAGAGACGAGAUUGACCUCGACACAAAGGCGCUCAACAGCACCGAUCCCAGUAGCCCAAAGUUUCUUCAACUCACCCGAAAGAUCCAAGAUGACACACGGGCUCUCUUGCUCACCAGAGCAGCCAAUUUUCUAUUUGGCGCCAUCACCAGAUCAGCAAUACGGAUCAUCGUCCUUUUCGCCGCCGUCGCGACAUACUCCGGUGAGCUGCACACCUUCGGGUCCCUCCUUGGCAAAGUCAAGACGCAGCUGAAAGGCCUCGUGCUUACGCUCGCCUUCGUCUACACACUGGAGGUUGCCUACGUCGCGCUUCUUGGCGCCAUGAUUGGGCUACUCAUGUGCCUCAUGACCAUGGAAUACUUUGGGUGGUUCCUUGUGGGGGCGCUGCUCUUACUGGUUCCCUUGAUCUUCCUCGUGUACUUCUCCUUCCUCUGCUCCAUGAGCGUCGUCGUGGCGGUGGCCGAGCCCGGUUGCCACAGCGCCGUCGCUCUUGGGCGGGCGUGGCGGCUGAUGAAGGGGAAGCGCAGACGGGCCAUGCUUUUCAUUUCUGUGACUGCCGUGCUCGCCGCUGCCUUGACCCCUGUCUACACUCUGGCCAAGAGAUGCGCACUUACUAGCAUGGCAGUAGGGUUGCUCCUGGGGUUUCUGUACAUCAUCUUGAAGGCCGCCGUGCAGGUGUUUGCAGCCGGCGCCAUGGCCGCGUUAUACUACGAGUGCAAGGGCAGCACCGAGGCAUCGGCGGUGGGGUACGUUAAGGUUUAUACCAAGGAGUAUCAACCUGAUGCGCACUAUGCAUAACCUGUUAAUAUCGAUGCUACUUGGUUAAGGGGGUUUGUUCUCUUCUAUUCCAAAAAUAUUUUGGGUCUUGGUUCAUUAUUUUACGUAUGGAACCACCAUACAAUUUUUUAGCAAAAAGAUGGUUAUUCUCUAUUUUGGAUUUUAGCCUCAAGCCCUCAAGAAACUAAAAAAACCAAAAGAGUCUC